GAGUUCGCCACGACCCGCAGGACAGGUGGCAACCCUGUCAGCGCUGGUUCCCAGCAUCCAGAGACUAUGUUGGAGGAUACAGGAAGAAGCCCACAAGCUGCCCAGGCUGAGAGCAGUGGGAAAUUCUGGGGAGGCAGUGUGAAGAAGAUCCUGGGUCAGGAAAGCAACAUCCUCUGUUCAGAUGCUCAAAGCCAGCGCUUCAGGCGUUUCUGCUACCAGGAGGCCGAAGGACCCAGAGAGGUCUGCAGCCGACUCCACCAUCUCUGCCAUCAGUGGCUGAAGCCGGAGCGAUACACGAAAGCUCAGAUCUUGGACCUGGUGAUCCUGGAGCAAUUCCUGGAUGUCCUUCCCCCGGAGAUGGAGAGCUGGGUCAGGGAAUGUGGAGCGGAGACCAGUUCCCAAGCGGUGGCCCUGGCAGAAGGUUUCCUCCUGAGCCAGGCAGAAGAGAAGAAGCGGGCAGAACAGCAGUUUCACGAGCAGGAAGCAGAUACUCAUCUCCCUGAGGCAGAGGAGACUCCAUGGAUGCUGGAAAUACCUUCUCUUCCCUGUGGUGGGGCAGAAACCGCCUCAGUAAAACUGGAUCAGGUAACAGGCGGUGGCAGCGGGGAAUGA